UGCAUCAUGAGCUUCCUGGGGCUGCAGCCCCCGGCGCAGUUCCUCAUUCUGCUCACACUCGGGCCUCAGGCUCGGUGGAGCUGGACACCAGAGUGUUGGUGGCAGCGCUGAGGGGUCCCCACUGCCCUGUCAUGUCGUCUGCUCUCACCGUCCUCCUUGGCUGCUGGCUGGCCGGGCACAGCGGGGUCUGGGGAGCAGGGCAAGAAUUUCUCAAACCCACCGUCUGGGUGAGCCCCAGCAGGGUGGUGGCGCUCGGGGGAAGCGUCACCAUCCGCUGUGCGGGUCGGUACCCGGGCAUGGAGUUCUUUCUGCGUAAAGCUGGACACCCGAACCCGCAGGUGCGGUCGGUGCCUGAUGGGACCGUGGCUGAAUUUCCCAUCCCCAGUGUCAGCCGGGAAGAUGGAGGGAGCUACACCUGCGACUAUCGCUCCAUAGUGGAACAGAAUCGCACAUCGCAUCCCAGUGACUCCAUUGAGAUCAUUGUAGGAGAGCCCAGCUACCCCAAACCCAGCAUCUCCCUGAGCUCCAGCGGGGGGGUCUCACUGGGGGGAGCCGUGAGCGUCUGGUGUCGGGGGCAGCGCCGGGGCGUGCGGUUCAUGCUGAAUAAAGAGCGACGCCAUUUCCUACCUGUGGAUUCGGACGACAAUGAGGCUGUGUUUCCCAUCAGCAACGUGAGCCGGGAGCAUGGCGGGAGCUACAGCUGCUCCUAUCACAGCAGAUCGGAGCUGUUCAACGUGUCGUACCCCAGCGACCCCGUGGAGCUGGUGGUGAGAGAUCCCAACUUACCCAGACCCUCCAUCUCGCUGAGCCCCACUGGGGACACCAUCCAGUGUCAGGGGCAGCGCCGGGACGUGAGGUUCUUCCUGCACAAGGCUGGAGACCGGAACCCGCCGCGACACAUGGACCCUGCUGGGGACAGGGCCGAGUUCCACAUCCCCACCGUGGGCCGGCAGCACGGAGGGAACUACAGCUGCAGCUACCGGCCCCAAUCACAGCCCUUCGUCUCCUCACAGCCCAGCGACCCCGUGCAGCUGGUGGUAGCAGGAGCCUGGAUCCAGCCAUGCAGGGAAGAGAAUCUCCCCGGGGGACAAGUGGCUUCCCCGUGGGGUGCUGAGACACUGGCACAAACCCCCCUGCUCCCAAACACCCCUGCCUCAGAGAAUCUCCCCCACAAACAGCUCCCAACCUGACAACAGUGUGACGGGUUCGUUCACAGAGACCCCCCCCUUGGGACUGUUACCCGAGCCCUUUUUCUCUGCCAGUUUGGGUGUCCAGAACCCUGCCUUGUUGAGCUAACCUGCUGCAAACACAGACCCAGGGUCUGAACCAUGCCCCCAAAGCUGCAGACUUAACUGAAAACAGCUUAAGAAGUGCUCCUGUCUUCAGCACCCAGACACCCAGUUCCCAAUGGGAUCCAAACCCCAUAUAAAUCCAUUUAACUCUGUAUAAAGCUUAUAUAGGGUAAACUCAUAUGUCCGCCGUCUAUAACACUGAUAGAGAGAUAUGCACAGCUGUUUGCUCCCCCAGGUAUUAAUCACUUACUCUGGGUUAAUUAAUGAACAAAAGUGAUUUUAUUAAGUAUAAAAAGUAGGAUUUAAGUGUUUUCAAGUAAUAACAGACAGAACAAAGUAAGUUACCAAGCAAAAUAAAACAAAACACGCAAGUCUGAGCCUAAUACAUUAAGAAACUGAUUACAGGUAAAUCUCACCCUCAGAUGGGCCAAUAAGCUUCUUUCACAGACUAGACUCCUUCCUAGUCUGGGCCCAAUCCUUUCCCUGGUACAGUUCUUGUUACUUCCAGCUCAGGUGUAACUAGGGGAUUCCUCAUGACUGGCAGCCCCCUUUGUUCUGUUCCACCCCUUUUAUAGCUUUGGCACAAGGCAGGAAUCCUUUGUCUCGCUGGGUUCCCACCCCUCCCUCUCAAUGGAAAAGCACCAGGUUGAAGAUGGAUUCCAGUUCAGGUGACAUGAUCACAUGUCACUGUAAGACCUCCUUCUUGAUAGCCUAGUAGCUGGAAGACAGGUACAUAGGAAGGUUUGCAGGUAAACAAACCCAUUCACAGUUCACAUUGAUUCUGAAGCACCAGUAACGGCUUCCACUUAACAUGUUUACAUCAAUAAUACAAGUUUAUAUCUUAUUCGCCUAACUCCAGACAUAGAAAUAGUACAUACAAACAAAUGGGAUGAACACACUCAGUAGAUCAUAAGCUUUGUAAUGAUACCUUACAAGAGACCUUUUGCAUAAAGCAUAUUCCAGUUACAUUUACAUCCCAUUCCAUUCCAGUUACAUCGUCCCCCGUCCAUCCAGGGCCGCACUGGGCAGGGUGUGUUUGGCCCUAGCGCUUUCCCAACAGGUGGCUGCAUCAUUAAAUCCCCCAGGAUCACCAGGACUCAUCACCCAGCCCCAAGCCGGGCC